AUGUGUACUGUUACAAUCACAACACCACAACUUAACUACAUGAUCAACACUUACAUUGACAACAACAACGUUAAACAAGCUCAUAAACUGUUGGAUGAAAACCUUUUAUCAUGCAACAUUGUUUCCUGGAACAUGGUUAUGACUGCUUACUUGCAACACAAUCAAAUUGGACCCGUUCACGACCUGUUUGAUAAAAUGCCUCUGAAAGACGCAGUUUCGUGGAACAUCAUGCUCUCUGGUUUUCAGAGAACUAGAAACUCAGAGGGACUCUACAGAUGUUUCUUGCAAAUGGGAAGAGCUGGUGUAGUGCCCAAUGACUACACCAUCUCGACGUUGCUCAGAGCGGUUAUUAGUACCGAGUUGGAUGUUUUGGUUCGUCAAGUUCAUGCUUUGGCAUUUCAUUUGGGACACUACUUGAAUGUGUUUGUUGGGUCGUCUUUGAUCAGAGCUUAUGCUGGUUUAAAGGAGGAAGAAGCUUUAGGUCGAGCGUUCAAUGAUAUAUCGAUGAAAGAUGUUACAUCUUGGAAUGCUUUGGUUUCUAGUUAUAUGGAAUUGGGAAAAUUCGUUGAUGCUCAAACUGCCUUUGAUCAAAUGCCUCAAAGAAACAUAAUUUCUUGGACUACUUUGGUGAAUGGUUAUGUCAAGAACAAGCAGGUUAACAAAGCGCGGUCUGUUUUUGAUGAUAUGAGUGAGAGGAAUGUGGUUUCUUGGACAGCAAUGAUUAGUGGGUAUGUGCAAAACAAGAGAUUUGUGGAUGCAUUGAAGCUUUUUGUUCUUAUGUUUAAGACUGAAACUCGUCCCAAUCAUUUCACAUUUUCAAGUGUAUUGGAUGCAUGUGCAGGUUCUUCCUCUCUUAUAAUGGGGCUGCAGCUUCACCCCUGUAUCAUCAAGUCUGGCAUAGCAAAUGAUGUUAUCUGGCUGACCUCGCUCGUUGAUAUGUAUGCAAAAUGUGGGGAUAUGGAUGCAGCAUUUGGUGUUUUUGAGUCCAUUAGGGAUAAGAAUUUGGUUUCUUGGAAUGCAAUAAUUGGAGGUUAUGCAAGCCAUGGACUAGCUACACGAGCACUCGAGGAGUUUGAUAGGAUGAAAGUUGUGGGUACCCCUGAUGAAGUUACAUUUGUGAAUGUGUUGUCGGCAUGCGUGCAUGCUGGUCUUGUUGAAGAGGGUGAAAAGCACUUCACGGAUAUGUUAACAAAGUAUGGAAUACAAGCAGAGAUGGAGCAUUACAGUUGCAUGGUGGACCUGUAUGGAAGAGCAGGGAGAUUUGAUGAAGCAGAAAAUUUAAUCAAGAAUAUGCCAUUUGAGCCUGAUGUUGUGUUGUGGGGAGCAUUACUUGCAGCUUGUGGCCUGCAUUCAAAUUUGGAACUUGGAGAGUAUGCUGCUGAGAGGAUUCGCAGAUUGGAGAGCAGUCAUCCUGUUUCUUACUCGGUACUUUCAAAAAUCCAAGGUGAGAAAGGAGUAUGGAGCAGUGUAAAUGAAUUGAGGGACACAAUGAAGGAGCGAGGAAUAAAAAAACAGACGGCAAUUAGUUGGGUUGAGUGA